AUGACCACCCAGCAUUCAGACGAUCUACCUUUGGAGCAAAAGACAAUACCCGUUCCAUCAUCUGAUACGAUGGCUUUGGAUCUCAAUAUCAACGGAUCUUCUACCCGAGAUGAAUCCAAAACUGAAGUACAUCCAACUACCUCUGAUGCUGAAUUGAGAAAAUCUCCCGCCCCCGAAAUCACCACAUCGGAAUCUGCCGAAAUCACAUCUACAUCAGAAGUAAAUGGAGAUCUAAAUGCAGAAUCACAUACCGUCAAAAGUUCUCUACCUCCAUCUUCAUUAGUCGAAUCGCAUGCCCAAGACUCUCCUGAGAGUCAAAACGUGUCUCAACUACAAGACUCGACUACAACAACUAUCUCCAACGAGGCUUCGAAGCCAGUCGAGGAACCAGAACGCGCUGUAUCUGAUCUACCUACACCGGCCGAUUCCAUGCCCGAGGUUGCAAAUGAUAGUUUCGCGCCCACGGCUGUUCCACCUAUCGUAGAUGCUCCAGUAUCCGAUACUCGCGACGAGGUUUCCCCACUCACUCAAGUGCCUGAAGCUAUACGCGAGCCGUCUCUGCCAGUUUCAGAUAAAAAGGAGGAAUCAUUGACGGAACAAGAGGCUCCCGCCCCAACUCAAGAGACAAAGGCGGAAAGCGUUGAUGAUAUGAACCUUAAUUUUGAUGCGCCGCGAGCCGAUCUACCUCCAUCAUCUCCCAACAAUGCGCCGCCAUCUGUUGAUAUGGACAUCUCUCCCAGAGCACAGCAUGUCACUUUAGAGCCUACCACAGAAUCCGCGGCCUCCAAUUCUGCUUUUAAUGAUGUUGAUAUGACGGAUGCGCCUGCACAAACACAGGUCACGAAAGUUGCUCGCGAGCGAGAGGAUGAUAGCGACGAGGAACCAUCUGCGAAGCGCACCAAGACUGAGGAAAGCGAGGAACCUAAAGUAUCUUCAAAUGUGGGAACUCCAGCCGCCACCCAGAAUGGAGUAACUACGAAUGGUGCUUCGUCUUCUACCGUUAAUCUGUCACGCCCAAUCACCCAGCAUGAGACGAAAGAAAUCAUCAAAAUCAUUAAGAAUGUCAUCAAGACUGCAGCCGGAAAGAACUUCAGAUCUCCCGUUGCAAUACUCUGGCCUGGAUUUGCUGAUGCUUAUGCACAGAAGGUAAAGAAUGAGGUCGAUUUAGGUACUAUGGAGAAGAAGAUCAAGACUGGCGAAUACCCUUCGAUCCAAGCCAUCAUGGAUGAUGCCGUACUCCUUUACGAAAAUGCCGUUGCCUUUAAUGGGCUUGACAAUGCUAUUACAACCGCUGCCAAUGACGUGAAGACAUCAAUUAUCACUAAGCUGGGAAGUCUCCCUCCGGAGCCACCGGCCCACGUUGCCAAGGCGCAGGUUAAGAAGCCUAAACGACCUACGCCAUCUCUCGACACUGCUGCUCGUACUCCUGCUGCUAGAAGACCAUCUCGCGGAUCUGCUGGUGCUGCUGUACCGAUCAGUGCUCCAGCUCCAACGUUUGCUUUAGAUCCCGUCACCAGUACACCAUUAAUUCGUCGCGACUCAACUAAAGACGGCAGGCCAAAGCGUGAAAUUCAUCCACCGAAGAACAAGGACUUGCCUUACUCUUCGGCGAGACCCAAGAGCAAGAAAUACUCCGUCGAGCUUAAAUGGUGCGAAGAGACACUGAAUGAGAUGAAGAAGUCGAAAUACUUGAUGUUCUCUAGUGCUUUUAUGACUCCCGUUGAUCCUGUCGCAUUGCAAAUCCCCAACUACUUUACCAUUAUCAAAUCGCCCAUGGACAUCUCCACUGUCUCCGAAAAGCUUCAAAACGGUGCUUAUACAAGGGCUAAGGAGUUUGAACAGGAUGUGAAGCUCAUAUUUCAGAAUUGUUACAAGUUUAACCCCGAAGGAAAUCCUGUUCGUGUCAUGGGCCAACAGUUUGAGGAAGUAUUCAAUGGAUUAUUGGCUAAGAAGGACCGAUGGAUCGCUGAUCAUCAGCCUGUUGCUGUAACACCCGAUAGAGAUGAGGAAACUGAGGAGGAAGAGGAGAGCGAAGAUGAGCCAGAGCCCGCCCAAGAAAUAUUUCAAAGUGCUGCUACUGCCCGACUUCUUAUCGAACAAUCCAAGUUAAUCGAUAUGUUGUCGAAACCGGAAUCCGCCGAUGCCAUUGCCUUGCAGAGGAAAAUUCUCAAUUUCAUUCAAGAAAUCGCCGACAAAGAAAAAGAAAAGCUGGCGGCUAUUCCCAAAAAACCAAGCAAGAAAUCAAGACCCUCUAAGCCCUUAAAGAAAGCUGUCACAACCAAAAAAAGCACCACUGGACCUUCGAAGAAAUCCGGGGGAGCUCGCAAAGAGAGAUACUUAGGCACUUUUGAGAAGGAAGUAAUUUCUGCAGGAAUCGGCCUUUUGCCUGACCACAUUACUGCCGACGUAAUGGAAAUGGUUAAAUCAGCCCAUCCAUCAAUGGUGAUUGAGGAAGACGGCACUUUAGAAAUGGAAAUUGACCAGCUCGAACCACAUCUACUCUGGAGGAUUUUUGAUGCCAUCCAUGAACAUGCUCCAGAAUGUGAGGCCAAUAUUAGAGCGACACAUCAAGACAAGAAGGAAGAGCCUCGUGCUCCUGCAAAACCUCCCCAGAAAAAGAAAAAUAAGCCCAUGUCGAAGUUUGAGCAAGAACGAAACAUUGCACUGCUUAAAGAAAAGAUGCAAACCUACGAAAGAGGGCCGGGUUCAGCUUCUCAAGAGCCCAUUGAGAGUGUUGAGCGACAUACACAAGAGGAAUCAAGUGGUGAUGAGUCUUCAGAUUCUGAGGAAGAGUAA